CAGCCCCUGUCCAGGACUCGUGGGGUGAGAGGUUCCCCAUGGAAACACGUUCAAGGGAAAUUAAGGCGGAGGAUACGAAAGACACGUCACUUGAAUGGCGGCCCCGACAGGUGUUGCCGUAGCCUUGCCCUGUGGGGUCCCCGCCGAGUGCUGUCUCCAACCCGGGGGCUGGCUGACCUGUCGCGAAGGGCCGCUGGACCGUCUGACGGACGCCAGCGCCUAGAAUCCGCGUCCCUGGGAAAUCGUUCGUCUUUGUGGUCAGCGCCCUGAAGAAAUGGAUUUGGAUCAGUUGGACCUGAAUCCCAGAAUUAUCGCCGCAGCGAAGAAAGCCAAACUGAAAUCCAUGCAGGAGGUUUUGCACUUUUCUGGACCAGACCUGCAGCGGCUGACCGGCCUCUCGGGCCCCGACGUGCAGCACCUGCUGAGGACGGUCUGCUCGCACCUGCGGGGGGGCAGCCUCUGCACAGUGGCGCUGCAGCUCUGCCUGGCCGUGCAGCUCCCCCGGCGGCUGGGAGGCCUGGAGGCAGGGGCCGUGUACGUGUGCACGGAGGACGCAUUCCCUGACAGGCGCCUGCAGCAGCUCAUCGCACAGCAGCGGCGUCUGCGGACAGAUGCUCCGGGCGACGUGGUGGAGAAGAUAAACUUUGGCGACCACAUCUUCAUCGAGCACGUGGCCGACGUGGACGCGCUGCUGGAGUGUGUGCGGAGGAAGGUGCCCCUGCUGCUGUCGCGGGGGAUGGUGCGCCUGGUGAGGGUGGUCUUCGCCCCCCACCUGCCUCCCUCCUCCUGCUCCUACACAGUCAGCGCCGAGGGCGUGCGAGGGACGCUGGGACCCAGUCCUGCUGACCAGGAAAGCCGCUGCCUCGGCCUCCCAGGGGCACCGGCUCCGGGUCAGCCCUCCUGAGGUCAGCCCGGGCCCCUGGGGCAGCGCCUUCCCCCCCAGGAGCACGACCCACUGCAGGGCCACGAGGAGCAGUGCCCGCUGCCGCAGGCUGCCCCAUUCCCAAGCGGGGGUUUGAAGGGUCUUUUACUUUAGUGUUGUCUCUGCCACCAGCCCCUGCUGGGUUGGCCCAUCUGCCAGGAAAACCCGUUCCGGGCACAGGAGACUCCCUUAGAGGCAGACCCUGCCCGUCCCGGGUGCAGGAGGGCCAGACAGGACCUCAUAGGCCCAGCUCGUCGUCAUAGCUGGGGCCUUGCUUCCCAUGAAAGUGCCCCCUCUUCCCCCCACACCCCCCAUCAGCACAGGUCCUGCCCCUCUGGGUGCAAGUCUGACCAGCUGGUGGUGGGAGCAGGGCCCAGGGGGCCGUGGCUGCCCAGUCCAAGGGCAGAGCCUCCAUCAGGGCAGAGCUGAGUGAGCCUCCGCCUCAUCCGCUCCCUGCCCAGGCGCCUCGUGUGCUGCCUGGCGUGAGUGGGCACAGCUAUCUGAGUGAGUGACCCGCUCCCCAGCCCCCCGCCCUGGAGGCGGCACCUGUACCUCCUGAGAAAGGGGGGCACCGAACAGCCGUGGACCUGCCCCCCCGCCCAGCAUCCCGACCCCGGCCGCUGCCGGCUCUGGGGGGCGAGUGAGCGGCCACCCUGGGAUGGGACCGCACUGUUUGGGCACCUCUCUGUGGCAGGAUGACCCGCUGUAAAUGUCAUCACGUUCCCUGCGUGUCCCGUGCCCCGUGGGGCGGGGGCGGGUGUGGAAGGGAAGGCGCCCACGUGAGACCUUUCCACAGAGGUGCAGGGCCGCACAGCGGGAGCAAGGCUUUAUUUUUAUAAUGAAAUACAAACAAUUGCAAACAGUGUUCUAGUCAAGUCACAACAGAAACAGCUACAGCCCCAGAAUGAAUGUCCCACGACCCAGCGUUCGACCCCGGGGUGACC